UAUAUUUGUUUCAUUUUUGGUAAACCCCUUUUUGGAUUGUUGUGUUCGCUCCGUUUUUUGAUGAUUGACAUUUGUCAACAAAGAUUUUAGGCUGAAAAAAUCAAGGAAAACAAAAAGAGAAAGAUGUGGGAGAAGGAAAUUGAAAAUGAGCAGGAAAUGAUUUCAAAGGAAGAAGAAAAAAAAGCAAAAGUAGAUGAUGAAUUUAGACAAAAAAAAGCAAAAUUGGAUAAAAGUAUUGUAAACCGUCGAAAGAAAAUUCAGACGAUGCAAUUCAGAAUUCAGGCGUUAGAUCGUGCGGGAGUUGACCCUUGUAUGCUUUAA